CUGCGAGGAGCAGCAUCGGGGUUUUGGACCGCACGGAGCAUGCAAAGCCCUGGGCUGGAAGAAUGCUACAACAUGGAUUUUGGUGAACCAUCCUCAAUGGAUCUCUUCUGAACGAUGUCUGAGGCCAACAAUAGUUCUACUGAUCCCAGCUCCAAUGGGUCUGUUUGUACAAAAAACUCUGUAUCAGUCACCUUCCCAAUUAUCUUCAUGAGCACGGGGAUAUUAUCCAACAGCAUUGCCUUUGUGAUUCUGGUGAAGGCCUACAAAAGAUUUCGGCAAAAAUGGAGAGCUGCAUUCCUCCUGUUUGCCAGCGGACUAGUCUUCACGGAUUGCUUGGGUCAUGUCAUUGCUGGGGCCAUAACAGUCAGAGUGUAUGCCCUGGACAGGGACUGGGAGAAGCUUGACCCCUCUGGGUAUCUCUGCUCUAUUUUAGGGACCUGCAUGGUUUUCUUUGGUCUCUCUGCCUUGUUCCUGGGCAGCGUCAUGGCAUUUGAGCGGUGCCUGGGCAUCACGCAUCCUUUCCUCCACUCAACCAAGAUGACCACCCGUUGCGCCAAGUUCAUCCUGGGAUUCACCUGGUUGUUUGCACUGUGCAUCGCUCUGCUGCCCAACCUGCACAUCGGAGAAUAUACAGUUCAGUGUACCCAUACCUGGUGCUUUAUAAAAACAGAAGGCGUCUCCUUUGGGAAAGAAAGCGGGAUUCUGCUCCUGUUCUCCUUGCUGGGGUUGAGCUCCCUUGGCACCUGCUUGGUGUGUAACAUAAUUAGUGGCAUCACUUUGGUGAGAGCCUGUGUGAAGAGCAAGUCCCACAGGAAAGGAAAGUCUCAGCAUGUGGAAAUGUUGGUACAGCUGGUGACCAUUAUGUGUGUCUCCUGUGUCUGCUGGGGUCCAUUCUUGGUAACCAUGGCGAUGAUAGGAAGCUUGUACGCGGGCCCCAAGUCGGAAACGUGGCUGCUGAUGGGCGUUCGGAUGGCUGCUUGGAAUCAGAUCCUGGACCCCUGGGUGUACAUCCUGCUCCGGAGAGCAGUGCUGAGACGGGUUUGCAAGGUGGUUCAGCUGUGUUUGGGAAAGAAUGCCGACCAGCUGCACAGGUGGCGCUGCAGCACCAUCCAAAGCUCAGUCAUGAUAGCCGCAAUGGACCUGUCACUGACCGUUGCGAGAAGACAGUCACGAAUAAACCAAGCAGGGCAAUGACGCUGACUGACUUAUAUCAAGGCUUUGUAAGCCUUAGCUAGUAGGCCCUAUGGGACACGUGAAAUAGUCCAAUCUCACUCUUAAAGUCCUGCUUUGCACUAAAAUCCCUUUGAAGGUUUUUGUCCAUGGAUCUCCAGCUUUGGUCAUGGUUUGAAUUGGAUGGAGGA